UUUGGGGGAGCUUCGGUUCCUAUCCGCUUUUCGCUGGCUUUUCUCUUUGCGCUAUGGUUUUCUGUUCAUUUACGGUUAUAUCAUCCAGGUUAUGAUAACUUAUAGUGACCGGAAACCUGAGAGCCGUCGCUCCGCUCCCGCUCUCGGUUUCCCUCGCUUUAGGUUCUUCCGUUACCGGCGCUUGAGGUAACCGUUAACUCACUUGCUACCGCACCCCCCCCCCCCCAAAAAAAAAAGGAAUCAGAAGAAAAGUUUUUUCAUUUUCAAUUUUUUCCUGCUUUCGUUUCAAUUAUUGUAUAAUAUUAUACUCGAUAAUUUCAAUUCGAUGCCGAAUUCAAAAAAUAACCGUAAGGAACCGGAGAAGAACCGGAGGGGAAGGUUAUCUGAAAAGGCGUCGUCGUUUCACGGAAGAAUUCCGACGAUCGCACGGGCACAGCUGAGGCGGCCUAAGACGCUACCCGACCUGCUUUCAGAGAGGACUAUUACCAUCUCCCAGGAUGCGAGGCCGAAGUUGACGAAGCUGCUGUUGAACGUGACGAUCCAAGGGAGCCUCGGAGCCGUACAGGUACUGAUGUCGCCGGAAAACACCGUCGGCGACUUGAUAAACGCCGCCGUUCGACAGUACUCGAAGGAAGGUCGACGGCCAAUCUUGCCGUCGACGGACGCCUCGCUUUUCGACCUCCAUUAUUCUCAAUUCAGCUUAGAAAGUUUGGAAAGGGAGGAGAAGCUGAUGGCGUUGGGAUCGAGAAAUUUCUUCCUGUGCACAAAAAAGGCGGCGUCGAAGGACGGUGAAAAUAGUGAAACGACGUCGUGCUCAAAGGAAGUGGAAAAGGUUACCAAGAGCGUGAUACCUUGGCUCAAAUUCAUGGAUUUCUUGUUUUGAAAAACAGGCCAUUUUUUGUUCUUCUAUUUUAGUGUUGCAUUUUGUAAAAAUAGGAUUUGGAAUAAAUCUUUAAAUAGUUUUGGCGUUAGAUUAUGAUUCAUGCAAAUUUGGGGAACAAAAUUGCAUGUAUGUUAUAUCUAAAAAUCUUGUGAAGGAAAGACAGUGUUUAAUGAUAAUAUCUCUUUUGUUUAAUUAGUUAUAAAAAUGUGUACAGUAAUUUUGGACUUUA